AUGCUUUCUUCGAAUAUUCUAGAAGAUUUUUCACAUGAAAAUAACAUAGCGAAACGAACCUCUUCGGAAGAUUUAUUACAGUAUGGUUUUCGGAUCGGCCGAUUAAUAGGCGAAGGUUCUUACUGUAAAGUAAGAUCUGCUACAUACAAAGGCAGGGAGAUCGCAGUGAAGAUCAUCACAAGAGAUAAAUUGUCAGUGGACUUCUCAUCUCGAUUUUUACCUCGAGAAAUAAAAGCUCUUAGCCAAAUCAAGCAUAAGAAUAUAAUACACAUUUUUAAAAUCUUCAAUUACUCACGCAGAGUUUACAUAUUCAUGGAACUUGUAGAAAGAGGAGACCUGCUUUCCUAUAUAAAGACUCGAGGCAAGCUGCUGGAGAAAGAAGCUCGCCACUAUUUCAGCCAAAUGGUUAGUGCCUUAAAGUACUUGCACAGCAUUGAAAUAGCCCACAGGGACCUUAAAUGCGAGAAUAUAAUGAUCAAUAACCGGGAUGAGAUAAAGAUAAUCGAUUUUGGAUUUUGCCGAUGCGCAGUGAAUGAUAAAGGGCGCAGAGAACUGAGUCAAACGUAUUGCGGGAGUACUGCUUAUGCUGCACCCGAGGUAUUGCAAGGCACACCUUACAAUCCUAUGAUGUAUGAUGUAUGGAGUCUGGGAUGUGUUCUGUUUAUCAUGGUCACUGGCACAAUGCCAUUUGACGACAGCAACGUAAGAAAGAUGGUGUCUUAUCAACUCAGAAGACAUAUUAAGUAUCCUACGAGUUCUAAUGUUAACCAAUGUAUUAAGGAUUUGAUCAGCCGAAUGCUGGAACCAGACGUUACACGCAGAGCAACUAUGGAGCAAAUUAGUCACUGUUCUUGGUUGAGAGAUGAGGAAAACGAAGAAGAUUUUCAGCCAUCAACAUCUUCAUCUACUAUAAUGAAAAUUCAGCACAAAAAAACUAAAACCUCUGCAAAGCAUAAGAGCGCUGCCAGUAAAGGAACACAGACUUCAUAUUCUUUCAUACCGAGUAAAUUUCGGAUGAGCGAUAUUUGGAGAAUGAAAAAAGGUUAAUAAUUCAUAUCUACAGCUUUGGAGAUCACUUAAUCAAUUCAGUAAGGAUGAUAGAAUACCUUCGUUUAAGCAUGAAGGAGACUAGAAUUGCACUUGAAUGAGAUUUGUGAAUGAAAAAUGUUGUAAUAUUACUAAACAUGUCAAAAAUUAUUUUAGUUCAAGUAAAGAAAGCAAUAGUAAUAAAAGAAGGAGUUUUCAUUCAUAUUGCAUGUAUUUAAUUUCAACAGCGAGAAGGCUUACGCAUUGUAUUGAA